AUGAAUAGUUUAAAAAGAAAAUUGUCUAUAUUUUCUUUAAAGCAAAAUAAAUAUCAUUUUUUAAAAAAUUCUUUUUUUUUUGAAAAAAAGUAUUUAUCUUUUAAUAAGAACCAUGAAAAAAUAAAAAAAGAAAGUGAUCAAACUCUCCCUCAUAUUAUGUUAGAAACUGAAAUUUUUUUUGAAUUUAAAGAAAUUUUUUAUAGGGGGUUCAAUAUAUGUGAUUUGUGUGAAUUGUCCACUUUUGAUGAAAUUAUUUUCUUAUUAUUAUAUGGAAGAUUACCUAAUUUAAAAGAAUUAAAUGAAAAAAAAAAUUAUUUUGAAAACGUAUUUAAAAAUUUUGAUGGAAAAAAAAUCUUAAAAGUAAAUGAAAUUUUUGAAAAUUCUAAUUUGUUAGAAUUAAUAAGGAUAUGCAUGCUUAAUUUUUCUUUACACGAAAAAAAUAAUAAUGAUAUUAAUUUAAGUUAUUAUAAAGUAUUAGCAUGUUCUUUAAGAUUAAUAACGCUUUUUUAUACUAAUAAAAAGGAUUAUUCAGAAAUUUAUGAAAAAAAGUUUGAUAAUUUUUGUUCAAUUUUUAUUGAAAAUUGUUCUGCUAAAUGGAAAAUUAGAAAAAAGGGUAAUGAAAAGAUUGCUUGUGAAAAAGAAAAACUAAACGAAAAUGAAAACAAAAUUAAAAAAGAAAAAAUAAAAUUGUUAAAUAUCCUUUUAAUAUUGAUAAGCGAGAAUAAUAUUAAUGAAAAAACUUAUUUAAUAAGAAUGAUGUCUAACAUUGAAGAUAAUUAUUUUAAUAUAUGCUUAUCUGCUGCUUCUUUUUACAUAGAUAUCUUUAAAAAAAUUAAUUUUGAUUUGUCACUUAAAUCUUUUUUAAACUUUGAUUUUUCUUCUAUAGAUAAAAAUAAAUAUGAAAUGCAUAAAAUAAGUAACAUAAAUUUCUUUUUUUAUAGAAAUUGUUUCUUUUUGAAAAAGAGCAAUGUUUUAAAACAGUAUUUAAUGAAUUAUUGUUCAAACACUUCUCAAUCAAGUUUAGACAUUUUAAAUCAUUUUACUAAAAUAGAAAAUAUUUUUUUAAAAAGAGAAAAUAAAUAUGCUUCAUCAUAUUAUUAUACUCUUUUAACUUUUUAUUUAUUAGAUAUUCCAAUGGAGUUUUUAUCAGUUUUAUAUUUUUUAGCAAGGUUAUUGAGUUUUACUGCACAUAUAAAUGAACAAAAAAAAAACAAUAAAAUUGUUAAAUAUUCAAGUGUAUAUAUUGGUAAUCCACAUAUAAAAUAUACUGAUAUUAAUCUAAGGUAA